GUUGGCGGCAGAGCAGACCCCGGCUUCCAUCUUGGAUUGUGUUCGUUUGAGAAGCCGGGUCUUCGUAAAUUAAUCGACUUACGUGGAUCGCGUGGUUAAUUAUUAUUAAUUUAAUAAUUAAUAUAUUAUUACUGUUAAAUAUUAUCAAUAAGUUUUAAUAUUUUUUUUACUACUGGUGUACGGUAUGCUCUAGGAUUUAUAAUUUAUCUGAUGACUGACAAUCAGGUUAUGUUCAUAUGAGACAUCAAUACCAUCAAUUACUGAUACACUUUUUCUCCAAGUUGAUUUUUUAACCAGUAAUUUAACCAACUCAUUAAUUACCAUCACUAUUAAUAAUUAUACGCUGGGCUGGUGAAAAAUUUACAUGGUAGUCGUUUGGUGUGCGGCUAUGCUGGUGCAGAAUUAAUUAGUAAUAUUUUACGUAAUAGAGUUAAAUUAAGUCCAUUAAUCAAUAGUGUUAACGAUAUCAAAUAUAUUUGCUCCAAAAUAUACGAGGAAAUGGCAUUACCGAGCAGAGCACGUGUUUAUGCUGAUGUUAAUUCACAUAAACCGAGAGAGUAUUGGGAUUAUGAAUCAUACGUAGUCGACUGGGGACAACAAGACGAUUAUCAGUUAGUAAGAAAAUUAGGUAGAGGUAAAUACAGUGAAGUAUUUGAAGCUAUCAAUGUCACAAACAAUGAAAAGUGUGUUGUGAAAAUAUUGAAGCCGGUGAAGAAGAAGAAGAUAAAACGGGAAAUAAAAAUCCUCGAGAAUCUUCGAGGCGGAACUAAUAUAAUAACACUGCAAGCUGUUGUUAAAGAUCCUGUUUCAAGGACACCGGCAUUAAUAUUUGAAUACGUCAAUAAUACAGACUUCAAACAACUUUAUCAAACCCUUACGGAUUAUGAUAUUAGAUAUUACCUCUAUGAACUCCUUAAAGCAUUGGACUAUUGCCACAGCAUGGGCAUUAUGCACAGAGAUGUUAAGCCGCACAAUGUAAUGAUCGACCACGAGAAUCGUAAGCUUCGUUUGAUUGAUUGGGGAUUAGCUGAAUUUUAUCAUCCGGGACAGGAAUACAAUGUUCGUGUUGCAUCACGAUAUUUCAAGGGACCAGAAUUGCUUGUUGACUAUCAGAUGUACGACUACUCUUUGGACAUGUGGUCACUGGGCUGCAUGCUCGCGAGCAUGAUAUUUAGGAAAGAACCGUUCUUCCACGGACACGACAACUAUGACCAGCUGGUGAGGAUCGCCAAGGUACUAGGGACCGAGGAACUCUUCGAGUACCUUGACAAAUAUCAUAUCGAGCUAGACCCGCGAUUCAAUGACAUUCUGGGUCGCCACUCUCGCAAACGCUGGGAGCGUUUCGUCCACUCGGAAAACCAACAUCUUGUCUCUCCCGAGAGCCUCGAUUUCCUAGACAAACUUUUGCGCUACGAUCACUACGAGAGAUUAACCGCGCGAGAAGCAAUGGAUCAUCCUUAUUUUUACCCAAUAGUAAAAGACCAAGGUCGAUUGACAAUGGUCUCGUCUUCACCUACUCCCAUGACAGGCUCGAUGCCUGUAGGUGAGUAGCAACUCAGGUGCCCAUAACGAGACAAUGAACCCAUUGCCAGCUGGAUCGGCUGGGCAGGAAAAUAUGAGUGGAGUAGCCGCCGGCAUGGGCCUCUUAGAGGAACUUUCUUCAAUCCAGCCGAUAUCCCAGCUGUCAAAAGUUCAACAUUAGUCAAAAACAGAGAAAAUAAUAAUAAUAAUAAUAACAUAACAUCUUUAAUUAACUACAGUACACCCGUAUAUGAUGAAUUAAUUGUACCAUCGACAUCAAUUAUAAUAAUAUCAUCAAUAAUAACAAUAAUAAUAAUAAUUAUAAUAAUAAUAAUAAUAAUAACAAGAACAAGAAUAGAUACUUCUGAAUUAAUGGCAUUCCGGUUUAUCAAUUUGACGGCAACGAUAUUUUUUCAUUGAGACUGAAAUAUGUCAUAUAUAUAUUUUUUUUUUUUUUAAUUUUUGUUUUUGAUAAUAGCUGUUUUCAAUAUUAAAGAUUAAAGUUAAAAAUUAUUAAAGUACUUAGUUGAUUCGACAAUAAUUUUAAGUUAUAUAAAAAUAUUAAAAUAAUAAUGAUAAUAAUAUAAAGUUUGAAGUUUCUUUUUUUAUAUUCAUAUAAAAGUUAAUUAAAAAACAAAAAAUACCUUUGCAUUAUUUUGAAUGAACUGACGGGUGAUUAUUUGCUAUUAAUUAUUUAUAAUUGAUAAUUAAAACUCCCGCCUGAUUUUAAUUUAAAAUUCGCGGUUCCGAUUCAAAUGUUCCUGUAAUUUUUUUCUGUACGAUCAUAGUUAUUAAAUGAUAAAUAAUAAUAAUAAUAAUAUUGAUAAUUAUAAUUGUAAUUAUUAAUAUAACAAUAACAGUAAAUAAAAAAAAUGCAGUUGGUUAACUGACCAAGGAAGAGCCAAUAUUUAUAAGUAUCAAAACUCGCAUUCACUCUCUAUGUACAUGAUUACUUUUAAAAUUAAAGAAAAAGAUAAAUAGUAAUUUUAAUUUAUCAUUUUUAAGUAAUGGUUUGAAUUAUUCACUUAUAUAUUUAAAGACAAAUGAACAAAUGAAAUAAAAAGUAAUAAAAGAGAGAAGAAAAAUAAAAUAAAUAAAUGUUAGCCGAUAAUUUCA